AUGUGUUACGUCCGUUACGUCUUCACGCCGCGCCAACUCAAGCUUUGCUUGGCAGUUGAGAUGUCAGGUAAAAGGGAUAGUCUUUGGUUUGCUAGUUUCUGCAACUUGACUAAACUGCCGCUUAACAGAAACACCACCUAAUUGAACAAAAGGAAUCAAAGAGAGGGCUACUGUAAUUUGCAGAUAUGGGGGGCCUGAUAUCCCGAUGGAGGAAAAAGCCAACCACAAUUGAGCUGCUGGAGAACCAUGAAAAGGAGAUUAAAGAGCUGGAGGAGUUCAGAGCCAAAAACCAACGUUUGCAAAAGCUGUGGGUUGGCCGGUUGCUUCUCUACUCGUCACUCCUGUACCUGUUGACCUCUCUGGUCGUGUACUGUCUCUACCUACCUGAACAAUGGUUGCCGAGACUAGCCAUGACUCUGCCUUUCUUCAUAUACCCCGUGCUGGUGUGGCUCAUCAGAAAGUUGUUGAUCUUUCUCUUUUCCAAACGCACUGAGAGAAACAAUGAUAAACUGGAAGAUUUAAAGGCUUCCAAAAAAAAGAUUCUGGAGGAAGUGAUGGAAACAGAGACGUACAAAAAUGCCAAACUCAUCCUGGAACGCUUUGAUCCCGAAGCUAAGAAGAAAGCUGAGCUGGAGUCGACUCCGGUGCGUCCUCAGAUGACUCCCAGGCCUGGACAAGAGAUUCGACAGAGAGGGGUGGCAAUGAGACCCAUGCAGAUGAUGGGCACCCCGACUGCAAUGGCAAUGUCUCCUCAACCUGGAGCAGGGCCCCGAUAUGGACCAGGGGGCACACCUGUGGCUCCAGGAGGACCGCCGGAGAGAUCUGCUCUGUCCACCUCUUCCCUCCAGGGGGCGGUACCCAGGACCCCCUGCUCUCCAAUACCAGGAGUAGGCAUGCACCCACCAGGUCCCCCAUUAGCAAGACCCAUUUUGCCCAAAGACAGGGGAGCCGUGGACCGAGUCAUUGAAUACCUUGUAGGGGAUGGACCACAGAACAGAUACGCUUUGAUCUGCCAACAGUGUUUUUCUCAUAAUGGCAUGGCCCUGAAAGAAGAGUUUGAAUAUCUAGCGUUCCGGCGUUAUUGCUACUUCCUGAAUCCAGCCAGGAAGACACGCCCUCAGGCUCCCAGGCUUCCAGAGUUCAGCUACGAGAGGAGGCUGCGAGCAGAAUCCCGUUCCCCUGGACCAACGCCGCGUUCUGGGACAGACACAGAGGAGAGUGCACCCCCUUCUGGAGCCAAGGCUCCGGCUCCGCGGAAUUUGGUCCACAGUUUCCGGAUCCAGCAGAGUCCAAAGAACCCUCAGAACAUACCUCUGCAGAGUCCAGAUGAGAGAGAGUUGGUAGAAGAUGAAGGACCCACUAAAGAAGUAGAGAGUGAGAGCCAAUCAGUGGAGCAGCAGCAGCAGGAGGAGCAGCAGCAGCAGGAGGAGGAGGAAAAAGACGGGGUUCAGAAGGAGGAAGAGGUGGAAUCCGAGCAGAGUCCCAGCACCCCCUGUGAGACAGAGUCUCAGCCAUUGUAGUUGCAGAGAGUCCAGAAGAGGGCCAGGGCUGUCGGAUCAUUCGGUCCAAACUAAAGGUGUUGGUAUUGGCCAUGAUAGACAGGUGGCAUUUUUAAGCAAUAUAAGUGAACAAGGAUUGUCACCAACAAUAGUUGAACAAUAUUGUUUUUCCUUGCAACCAAAAACUACAUCAAUCACACUUUUACUUUUGUCUAAAUGACUAAGACAAACCACGUAGAGGAGAUUAUGUAGGCGAUGUAGUAAAUGGUGUGUAUUCAUAAUGAAAAACAUUAACAUACUGCAUUAUAUUCAUCAUAUGUAAUAAUACAGUUGUCUAACUUUAUUGCCUAAAAUGAUGCCAACAUAUUAUGGCCUUUUGAGUUUGAUUGACUGCGAAGGUGUCAGGUUGAUGAUUGUAGUUUAAAUCUUAAGGCUUUUUUUCUCAAUGGGAGCAGUUGGCUGCUGAUAAUGCUCUGUAUGUGGGGACUGACCUAGUCAGUAUUCUAUAAUUUACCCUAUAAGGUUCUUUUAGGCAUGAUUUGUUAAAAGUUGUGAUUUGUGAUUUUAGAACUGCUGGUUCACAAAUGGUUUGUCUUUAGGCGCAGCAGAAACUUAAACAUGCUUAAAUCUUAAUUCCUUCACUGACCCUGACCCCACUCAGUGUCUGGGGUGCCUGUGUAAUUUGCUAAAUAUCACAGUUUAUUACAGUAUUUUUACAUUUAAAAUGUAACUACAGUACAUACAUGUUAUUUAUAGUUUUGUUGAUUGGUGAGAAAAGAUGAAAUCAAACCAAGUGCAUCUUAAGACAAACCUGCUGUGAAUCAGGACAUCAUCAAUUGUGUUAACAGUAUGAUAUUAAGUUUCAAGGUCUUGCUAUAGCUUUCUUCAUCUCCUGCUUUUCAUCCCCCCCAUUUUGUUUGGAUACAUUUAUUAUACCCACAUUUUACCAAACACUUGUCCUGCUGAAUCUUUAAGUUUUAUUUUAGGAUGUUUUUGUCCCAGACGAGAGGUAUACCCAGAAAACGCAGCUAAUGUUCUCCUCGUUAGCUGCACUCACAUCUGCAAGAAAAAGGAUGGCACUAACCAGAGAGAGCAGCUGCUGCAAGUCUAUAUAUUGACUGUUGUUGACCUCUCAUGCCAUUGUUUCUUCUUUGUUGGUGAGGAAGUCCCAUGCGGUCUAACGUUUUUGUAGGCCAACUUGUGUCAGCAACAAAUUAUGUUAAAUGUCCCACUUAUUACUUAAGUUAACCAGAACAAUGCAUGCAGCACCCAAUAACUGAACUCAGAUCAGCCAUCAGUGGUGUGGGAGAAAAUGUGUGUUUUGAGCAGAGGCGCAUGUUUGUAGACUAUUUUGAAUGUGUGGUAAAAACCAUAUAACCCUGCUGCUUUAUCUGCGCUCUCCCUAGAUAGAAACAUCCGGACUAAUCAGGUCUUCAUUACCUAACCUAGAUUGUAUUGUAGUGUGGGAUAAGUAAACCUCUACAAUUGAUUUGAGUUGUUGGGUUUUAUGAAGAUCUUUGUUUGAAGUAGGGAGUUGCAGUACAUGGGGAUAACCACACAGAAGGGCCCUGCCCAUACCGGGGACCCAGCCCAGUACUCAUCAGUGCCUACUUGCUGAGAAGCAGCAGUGCUAACCACUGAGCCACCAUGUUGAUGAGUUGAACUUAAAAUGAAACAGAUUCUGACUAAACUGAACAUUUUGGAAGGUGAAAUCAUUUAACAGACUGGAGCUAAAACUGCCAAUUUAUCUCGAUCUGGUUAUUGCCAAUCAAAGUUGUCAAUAGGAAUAUAAUUUGCCAAAUGCACUGUUGUUUUAUCUGUAUUUCAAGACUUGCACUGAGUUUCUCUUUGUAUUUAUUUGGCCAUAUUCAUGUACAAAUAUGGCUGCACUGUUUAGUUUUAAUCCUUUUGAGAUGUAGUCUUUAAUUGCCAUGGUAUUGAAACAACCGCUUAAAAGUAUAGGCCUGGUUUGUGUUCUGUAGCAUUUGUUGAAAUAUUUUGGUGUUUUCUUCUUUUGUUUACUUUCAUUUUAAGUGUUUUAAAAGUGCACUCACAGUAGGCAAUCAUAGUGCGUGCCUUGGUUGCUACAGUUAUUUUCACGAGUUUACAGUGUAAUCUGCCCUGUGUCUAGCUACUGUAGCAGCAUACAAAGUAGGAGGUUCAUGGUUCGUUUGACCAGCACUAGCACCUCAUGUUUUUGACAAUAAUUUCUCAGUUUGUUAUGAAAUGGAACCAGAAGAAAUGGUGUCUAUGCAAAUGUAAAUAUGUGGUAUCACCUGUGUUGUACAGGUCUGGUCCUAGAAACACACACAACACAACUAUGUGGGCAACGUAUUCUUGAGGGGGGUACACAGACAACACAAUACAUUCUAUUUAAUGUUUAGUUUUUGAUUUUCACACUAAUUCUGUGUGUGUUUCAAGUUAGUUGUUGCCCUCCUCAAAACCUCGCAACAACCCAGAAUCAUUUGGCAGAAGUUGGCCUUAAAGGUUUGGGCUAGCCUUCGGAGUCUGUACAUGGCAGCAAACGUGCUUUUGGACAAACCUUUGUUGAAUGUUGAAGAGAGAUCUUGUAAUGAAUUUACAGCUGCCUGACUCCACAGCUUGACAUGAUUUUUGAUUGACUUGUGGUUAGCUGAAUGGUUCCAGUGUUAACAAGCUCUUAAAUCCCACUUAAUACCUGCUGGUGGUGAAAAUGUGGUAAAAAUUCUAAUGAAGCUGUCCCUUAUAUUUAAUAUUUAACAAACUUCUUGACUUGUGUAAUACCUGUUUACUUUGCAUUUGUAGUUUGUUUUUUCUCUGCUAGAUUUAUCAGUUACCUUUCUGCCAAAGCUGGUUGUCAUUAAGUAGGCGCAUGGCACGUCUUAAUAAAAGUUUUUCCAACAACAAAACAA